UUCUUCUUCACCCAUUUUUAAACACUUUUGUACCAAACCACACCUAUUUACUCUUGAACAAACACGUUUACUCAAAUUUACCGCGGAGUUAAGUGAGUUCGUAAAUCAAAAGACCAAUCCCAACGCACUGAAAAUGGGCAAGAGAUCGCAGAAGAACAGUGUGCUGAUGGUCUGUGUGGGCAACCUUUGCCGCUCCCCAAUUGCCGAGGCUGUGAUGCGUGACGUGGUCGCGAGGGCGGGACUGCAGGCGGAGUGGCACGUGGAGAGCGCCGGGAUCGAGGGAUGGCACUCCGGCCGCCGACCGGAUGAGCGGGCUCUGAACGUCCUGGCCAGGCACAACCUCGACUACUUUGGCACUGCGAGAGUUCUGGCCCCGGAGGACUACCUCAAGUUCGACUAUAUCUUCGGCAUGGAUCUGAGCAACCUAGCCGCCCUGAGGCGUAUGGCCCCCAAAGGCGCCACUGCCAAGUUGCUUCUCCUGGGGGACUUCGGUCUCAGGCCAGAUGAACGCAUCCUCGAGGAUCCCUAUUAUGACAUUGGCGAGGCACCAUUCGAGCAAAUUUACCGGCAGUGCAAAAUAGCGUGUAAGAAUUUCCUAAAGCAAGCGCGUUUAAAACAGAUAAUGUAAGGAGCGCCAGACACCCGCCUAAGGGUUAAGCCGUCCGACCGACCACAGCUGAUAAGCCGCGUUGCCAACUAACAGUUGAAGCCAGGGCUGCAACGUUCGGAACGCUCAUUUGCCAGCCGGUAAAAGAAAACAACACACAAAAUUGUCCGUGAAAUCCCCGUGUAAAUUGACUAAAAGAUGGUUCGAAAAGUGCUAAUGAUUUGCUUGGGCAACAUCUGCAGAUCGCCAAUUGCGGAGGUCGUGAUGGUGGACACCCUGGAGAAGGCGAAUGUGAAGGACGUGGAGGUGGAUAGUGCAGCAAUUGGAGGCUGGCACGUGGGCAACCGGGCGGAUCCGAGGGCCAUCAGCACUCUGCAGAAGCACGGCCUCAAGUGCACCCACAUCGUUCGGCAGAUCCGCAAGCAGGACUUCUCGGAAUUCGACUACAUCUUCGGCAUGGACGAGGACAACAUGAGCGAGCUGAGGCGUCUGGCGCCCAAGGACUCCAAGGCGGAGCUCCUGAUGCUGGGCGAUUUCGGACUCGAGAAGAAGAACCGCAUCAUUGAGGAUCCCUACUAUGAGCGUGGAGCCGAGGGCUUUGAGACCGCCUACCAGCAGUGCGUGGUGGCCUGUGCCGCCUUUAUGAAAGAGCGCCUCCAGAAAUGAAUGAUUUGUAAAAGUGUUGUGAUAUGGAUAAUCUAAUAAAUGUUGAUACUAAACGUGA